AUGUUUUGUUCAUGUGCCUGGCUAAGUAAGGCAAGGAAGUUAUUUGAUAUUGUCUUGUAUCAAAGACGGACGAAGAAAAGCAAUGCAAAACCAGUGAUCAAGACACAGCGGGUCCCCUUGGCCGAAUUGAUCAUUACUGCGUACUCCGUCCACAAUUGCAUGCCCGUACUCAAGGCACCCGACCCUAGGAAUUACCAAAUGCCCGCUCUGAUCUGCCUUAUGCUUGUCUCGGCCGCCGUUCCUGCUUCGUUUUCAUCUGGGCUUUUCCCUUCUCGCUCGACCGUCCUUUCCCACCUCCUGUCAGAGGAAGCUUGUCCACUAUCUGACUGA